GAUCUGUGGACACACCACACGUGGUCCGUGCUCAGGCGUCUAUCACUUGCUGAUCUGUGGACACGCCACGUGUGGUCCAUACUCCAGCACCUAUCGCUGUCCACCCGGCCAGGUGUUCAUUCACUCACUCACAUCUUCUCUUUGAGACAGCACUUCUGUUUCAGCAGACAGUUCCUCAGUCCUUGUUCUGUGUUUCCGCCAACACCUUAGUUCAUCCUGAUGACCACCAGGAUGCAGGUACUGUUGUCGUCAUCACCAUUUUGUAAUGAGGAACUACACUGAGUCUAAUGACUUGGCAUCAGGUCAGAGCCAGAGCUGGGACUUGUGAGUGCCCAGUGCCUAGCUGCCUUGUUUGGCCUUCAUACAGGUCACUGGGUGGGGACAGAACAUGCACAGAGAAACCAUGGUAACACGUUCAUACAGUGAAGAAAUUAUUCAGAGCUCCUAACUUUAAAUGAAAAUGCACGCUAAUGGAGCGUGGCAGGCUCCUUGAGAACACUCGGAAUCAUUAAGUGAUAAGAUGUUACAGUUGUGUUUAGUGGUAGAUGUCCUCACUAAUUCCUUGGCAUUUUGUGUAUUGAGACUCAGAUUUUAAAGGCAUAUAAAAUAUGUAUAAUAAGAAAUACAUACAGAAAAUCAGAGCAAAAAGAGAGUGAUGAUUGGUCAGCAGUGAGGAAACAUGCCCCUCGAGGUUUGCUUUUUACAUACAGACCAUAGAUUAGAAUCUGGCCUUCCGAGAACCAGCGGGCUGGGCACGCGAUGCCAGUGACAGCGUUUACCUCGUGGGAGGGCCCCUUCCGCGCUGUGAUUCUGCUCCUGCUCACUGGGAGGGUUUCUGAACAGUCACUUGGCGCCGUAAUCCCACUCCUCAGCUCCCCGUGAGAGAGCAUUGUCUCUGCCUCCACUUUGCUCACUUUGUGGUUUACUCUCAACUGGCAUUUUGUUUGCCAUGUGCUUGGCUGCUGUUGCUUGGUUUAACAGUACUGACCUUGCCUGUCUGCUGUGUGGUGCACAUGUCCAGCUCUGUGCACCACGUCCUGCCUCCACUGAAGGCUGCAUGGCCACUCCCUGUUGCCCACACGGCUUCUGAGGAGGCUGAGCACCUUCCAAGAUGUGUGUUUGCAAUUUGAAUUUGUGUGUGCGUGUGCACACAGUGUGUCUGAUCAAACCUUUUCCCGUUUUUCCAUUGAGCUACCUCUACCAUUUGUUUUGUAACAGAUCUUUAUGUUCUAGAUGGACCCUCUUUGCCAGCUCCAGGUGUUCCUGCUAUUUUCUUUUAGCCACAUUGCUAUGUAUUUGGUUGUUUGCUGUGUUUCUUUUGAGUAGCAGAAGUUCUUAGCCUUCCGCCUGAUGGCUGGCAUUGUUUUACAUGUGUGUCUUGUUUGGAAAUAUUUCCGUCUCCCAAAGUCGUAACAGUCUGAAAAUUAUUUUGUAGCUUUACCUUUUACAAUUCAUUUAUAAAGUGAAUUUAGGUGCCGAUAGGUAGCCCCAUCACCAUUUGAGGGUAACCCUCUUUAUCUGUAAAAACUGUUUUCCCAUAGUAUCAGUGUAGCUACCUAACUUACUUUGUGUUAGCGUUCACGUAGGUCUUGAUCACUCUCCAGGGGUGGGGAGUCUGGCCCGCAGGCCAUAGAAGGCCGGUAAAUCAUUUCUUCUGGCCCCGCCGAGGCAACCACAGUGUUUGUGGUUGCCCACAAAUGAUGUUCUCAGUAUCCCAGUGGCCCUUGGGAGCUAAGACUCCUACCUCUGUUCUAGACUGAGUUCCUUGAGCCUUGCGGGCAGGGUCCCUGGUCUUCAUCUCAGUGAUGACACGCUGGUGGACGCCCCAAGUGCUUGCUGCAUGGGAGGACGAGCAGCGGGUUCGUGCGUCUGUGUCUGUGCAGGUGUGGGUGGGUGCGUGUGGGCGUGUGUACUUAAUUAUUUUGGAGGCAGGGUAGCUCUCAGCUCAAGAGAAAUUUCUCCAUGUUUUUUGGCUCUUUAGUAAAUUAAGUAUUCAUGAUUUAGCAGUGAUAUUGUUUUACAUUUGGUUUGUUUAACCCGUUCUUUUAAUAAUUAAUUGCAGGCAAGCUUUAAUGAAGUAUAAUUUAAAUUUUGUGUUAAGGAACUGGAGAUGUUUCAGAUAAUGCUUAGAUGAGGAGUCACUGCAGCUGGUGAAUUUCUCUGUAGAUAAACUGGUCUUGUCCCUGGACGUGAGCACACUCCAUGAUAGAGUGGGACCCGGGAUACCUUGGGCCUGUGGUGGUUCCCUGUGGGGAACCUGCAGACAAGACUGUAAAAGUCAACCUUUCUCGGCUGCCUGGUGAUGGGGACUCCAGGCUGGCCUAUCCGAUUCAGCUGGAACUGAGACGGCCCUCAGUGGGACGGGCUGGAAGGUUUCCUGGUGCAGUUCUUGGAAGUAGCUUACAGGGACCACAGGGAUCUCCAGUUCCUGGGGCUGGAGGGCACCCCCGCUGCUGCUGCUUCAGGAACUGGAGCCCAGCUGUUCACUCACCCCACUCACUUCUGGGUCACCCACAGUAAUGACAUAGGAGCCGAUGCCAUCGGAAAAUUCCAGCUCCACUACCACAGAGUCCCUUUCUCAUUUGUCAGUGUGUUGUGGCAAGUGGGGGUUUUGUUGUUGUUGUUUCCAAAUAGAAACAGCUGAACUUUAUUUGAAGUGUUUUUCUUUCAUUCUUUUUUGAUCUGUGUUUUGAUGGGUUGUCCUUGAUGUGGGCUUCUUUUUUAUAUUGUUUUUAUUGGGGGAGAUGAGUCGGACAGGGAGAGGUUGAAAAUCCCAGCUGGGUUCUUCUGCGUUUCUUCUGUGUUUCUGUUUUUCCCUCCCUCUUUCCCUCCCUCCCUCCCUCCCUUCCUCCCUUCCUUCCUUCCUUCCAGACCUCAUCAAUAAAUAAAAUUCACUUUAAUACAAAAAUGCAAGAGUUUAUAGGAAUAACGAUCAAGCUGUAUUUUCCCCUGUUUACUGUCUUGAGAAUUGUGGUGCUGUGGUAAGAGCACUGGCACCAUCCCAGGCUGGGGAAGCUGUAACUGGUGCCACCAAGCACCCUCCUCCUGAACCAUACACACAGGCGCGGAGCCACUCAGCGUGAGAUGCAGAGGACCUGUUCGAUCCAGCAUCUCUGGUAUCUUAGCAACAGCUCCUGGGUGGCAGCUGGAAACUGAAGGAAUCGGACAUACUGGGGUGGACGGCUUUUCCAGGCUCCAUCACUGCUGACUCGUCAUGUUUGACCCCGUCACUCGGGCAGGUCCAUGAUGCUAGCCAUCCCCAAGGAGGAAGGCUUGCCUUGGGAGGUCACGUCACGUGUCCCCAGGGCGGAGACUGCCUUCGCCGAGCUGCCUGUGCGCAGUGUUACGUAGAUGUGUAUGUUUUCUUACAGUUACUCAUUUCCCAUUUUUUCUUUUCUCAUUACCUUUCUUUGUGAAAAGCAGCUGUGACUUUUGGCUAUGUUUAAGAAGUUAAUAAAUAACUCUUUUAUUGCCAUAUUUAAAUAGUGUUGCCACACAGAAUCUAUAUUUUGUGAGGGACUUCAAAGAGCAGGUGGCUGGAGUUUGCGGGGGAGCAGAUGUUUCAGGUGACCCUGACCAACUGUCCGCACGCUCGCCUGAAGUGACCUUGGUCAGAUUUAGCAAUGGCAGCAAGACCUGGUCACAACAUCGGUGUGCCACAACCACUCAGCACUGUUAAAUAGUAACUCCUGGCUGUUUUAUUUUGAGGCUGUCAUUCUUAGCAAGAAUUAUUAUAUUCUAAGACCAGCACAGUAAAACAAUCUACGGGCAUGUUUGAUUCGUGAAGGAUUCUGUGAAGGCUCCUGCCUGCCGAGUUUAGGGACGUGUUGCUCCCGACACCCGUCACAGUCUCACUGAGGAGCCAGGGUGAGGGGCUGCAAACACCUAACCCCGAGCGGCACGGCUCUCGCGUUUAUGUCCCAUGGCAAAUGGCUGGACUCCGAGGACGCUGGGGGGAGCUGGGACGCCCGCUUUUCUGCAGGAGAGCCUGGUGGGCCGGGCGGGGAGGGCUCCUGGGGCUUCCUUAGCUCCCUGGCUGUCUGGAUCCACGUCACCCUCCAUUGGUGAUGAUUCUAGUGCAGAAACCGGAGCGAUCAAAGGAACUUUCGGCUGUUCUUCCACCUCUCUUCCUUGGUCUGCAAGUCUUCUCACUGAGCUGGAGAUGAAAUGCUUGUGACCUGUGGGGGGCAGGGGAGGGUUGCUGUGAGCUCCAGCUGUGGCCGUGAAGUUGGUUUGCCUCCGCCCCAACAAUGGCAGUUGGGUUUUCUGUGUUGCGGGGGAUGACUGAGGAAUGGACAGCCCUUUGGGUUCACUGGGCGAGCUGCAAACUGGCCUCCGUGCUGUGAAACCGCUCAUCAAUGGACAGAGCCGGGGAGAAGCGUGAGGUGGAGCUGCAUCCCAUUGUGUGCAGCGAGGACCCAGACCUCUGGGGAUGAUCACAUAGUAUGACAAGCCCUCCUUUAAAGUGAGUCUUGCCCUCAGGGGACAGUGUGUGGGAGUGCUCUCUGCCCGGUGGGCCUGUGAACUGCACUCAGUAAAUCUCCCACACUUGAAGUCAGUUCAGUCAUCACAUGACUUUGAAAAGCUGUAUUUUGAAACAUGCAUCCCAGGGCUGGCGCUGUGGCACAGUGGGUUAAAGCCCCAGCCUGCAGUGCCUGCAUCCCAUAUGGGUGCUAGUUUGAGACCCGGCUGCUCCACUUCCCAUCCAGCUCUCUGCUAUGGCCUAGGAAAGCAGUAGAAGAUGGCCCAAGUGCUUGGGCCCCUGCACCCACUUGGGAGACUUGGAGGAAGCUCCUGGCUCCUGGCUUUGGAUCGGUGCAGCUCCAGCCAUGUGGCCAUCUGGGAAGUGAACCAGCGGUUGAAAGACAUUCUCCCUCCCUCUCUCUCCCUCCUUCCCUCCCUCCCUCGCCCUCUUCUCUCUCUGUGUAACUCUGGCUUUCAGAUAAAUAAAUAAAUCUUUUAAAAAUUUUACAUAAGACAAAGAAGGACAUUAAUUAAUAAAAAAUCAGAAGAGCUAGAAGAUACAUGCCUGUUAACAGACCAUGAAAAUCUGUGGAAUGAAACAGACUGAAUGAAGAAUUACAGUUCAGUAGUAGUGGCUGGGAAUUUCAGUACCCCAUCUUCAUACUGGAUAGAACGGCCGGACCGGAAACAGGAUUUACACAGAACUGACAGACACAGGAGAUCCUGCCCAGUAGCAGCCUGCGCAGGGGGCAUUUUCCAGAGGAAGCCGUAGCUUAGGCCAUACAUUCUCAGGAGGUGUCCAAAGGGAAAUACCACACAAAGUACCCGCUCUGGCCAUAACAGGGUGGUGAGAGCAGUCAGCAACAAAUCAUACUGGAGAAUUCACAGAUUUUGAAUAUUAAACAACCAAAAUAACAAGAAAUUAGAAGGGAAAUUAGAAAAUAUUUAGAGACUAGUGAAAAUAAAAACAUCAGACCAAAAUUUAGUAGACACAGCAGUAGUACUUCUAAGGGGGAAGUUUAAGAAAUAUUUACAUUUAAAAACGGGAUGUGUGUGUGGUGGCGCGGUGGAUUAAGAUGCCACGUUGGGUGCCUACACCUACUGGAUCUCAUUCAUGUCCCGGCCCUGCCGCUUCCGAUCAGUACAUCUGGAAAAGCAGCAGGUAGUGGUACGAGUGUUUGCGUCCCUGCCACGUGGGAGGCCCAGGUGGAGAUUCAGGCCUGGCUCGGUCUGGCCCGGGUUGCGCUGUUCCUGCUGUUGGGGAGUGAGCAGCACACGCAGCUUCCUCCCGGUCGCUCUGCAUUUGAAAUAAGAGAAAAGCUAGAGAGCUGUCAACCCCUGACUCAACAAAGAUUGAAUGAAACCCAGAGCUAGCAGAUGGAAGGUAUUGAAGAAUAAAGCAGAGGUGAAGUAGGGAAAAAUGAAACAAAAAAUUGGCCCUUUUAAAACAUCAAGAAAUUUGUGCAGGUUAUAAGUAAAUAAGUUAAGGGGAAAUACUCUUACUAAAAGUGGAAAUGGGAGAUUACGACUGUCCCCGUGCACGUAAGGACUGUAACCGCGCUGUGCCUGUGCGCUGGGCGAAAUAAGUAGCUAAGAGCUGGAAAAACUGCCAAGACACUGAACAUCGCCGGUCUGAGCAGACUCCCAGGUAAGGGUGUUGAACUCCGCAAUCAGAAAUCUCCCAUUGAAGAAAGGCCUCGAGGUGUUGGCUUCAGUAGUGGGGUGAUUUUUGUUUGUUUUUUGUUUUUAAUUUAAUUGGAAGGCAGAGAGGAUGGGAGAGAAUCUUCCUCUUCCAUCCACUGGUCCACUCCCCAGAUGGCCACAACAUCUGGAGCUGAGCUGAUCUGAAGCCAGGAGCCAGGAGCUUCCUCUGAGUCUCACACUCAGAGGAAGUGUGAGACUCAGAGGCAGUGGCCCACACAAGGGGCCGUCUUCCACUGCUUUCCCAGGCCAUAGCAGAGAGCUGGAUCAAAAGUAGAGCAGCCAGGACUUGAACUGGCGCCCAUAUGGGAUGUUGGCACUGCAGGCGGCGGCCCAGUAGUGAUUUCUACCAAACGUCUAGAGAACACACACCAGUCCUCAUGCUGUUCGGGAGGGAAUCCUUGCUAACUGAUGUACUGUGAGUUCAGCAGUAUCCUGACAGGGACCCAGGCAACGAGAACUCGUGAGAAAAGGAAGCUACAGGCUGCUAUCCCGUAUGAGCAGUGACAUGAAGUCCUUCACAAAAACAGGCGUGAACUGAUUCAGUGGUGUCUGCGAAAGACUGUGCAGUGUAACCCAGUGGAGUUGCUGCCCUGCGAGGACGGUUUACCACCAGAGACGAUCAGUACAGUUCUCAUGUCAGUGCAGCGAAGGGAAGAAGUACAUAGUCAGUGCACUGGAUGCAGAGGAGGCAUCUGAUAAAAUCCCACAGCCUUUACCGGAACCCAGUGACACUGCCUCCGCGUGGGAAAAGCAGAAAUGAGAUAUCUACAGCGAGCGGCACGCUCAGUGCUGAAAGACUGAACAAGGUAAAGUUGCCUGCCGUCCCCACUUCUCCAUCAGGACCUCCUGCUUGGGUGGCCGGGGCUCAAGGACGUGGGCCGUUUUCUGCUACUUUUCCAGGUGCAUAGCAGGGGGCUGGAUCAGAAGUGGAACAGCUGAGACUUCACCAGUGCUCUGUGGGGUGCUGCAGCUGCAGGUGGCGGCUUCGCCCACUGUGUCUUAACGCCAGCCCUGCUCUCCACUCGUGUGCAGUGUCGUAUUGAGAGUUACAGCCAAAGCUGGAAAACAAGGGUUGGGAAAGGGCAUCCAAGUUGGAAAGGAAGGAGUGAGAUCUCUCUUUGUAUCUUAGAAAAUGAAAGACACAGCCUGGCAAGCUCGAUACAUCGCCGGGAAUCCUUGUUCUUCCAGCAUCUCACUCGUGCCUCCUGAUUGGGCAUCUUUGCCUCCCUGCACACAGCUGCCAGAGACAGCCGCCUGAUUUUUCUGCUUCAGCUUGGUCAGUGGAUUCCCGUUGUGUCGGAACCCAAUCCAGAGUCUUUCCUGUAGCCUGAGAGCUCUCCAGAGCUGACGCUGACUCACCUCAGCCUCGGUUCACACUGCCCACACUCUGCUUCCUCCGUGUGUCCGUGCUGGACACUGCUGCAUGGCCUGCUGCCCUCUCUGCAGCCCUGGGACUCUGCUCUCCAAAUGAUUGCUCCCCGCCUGGCCCGUUCUAAAUUUGGGAGGUAGACAGCUUGACCCACAGCCAGGAUCCUAAUCCAGGUCACCAGUAGGUGGCAGGAACCCAGUGUAUGUGAGCAUCACUGCUCCCAUCCAGCGUCUUCGUUAGCAAGCAGCUGGAGCCAGGAGCCGAGCGCAGGGCAUCAGUGCUGGGCCGAGUGCCCCAGCUGACCGCAUUGUAUCUGUGAGGUGCUGCCUCCAGCGCUCAUUCCUCAGGCCUUCCUCGAGUGCCUCCGGCUAGUUGGUGGCUCUGCAUUUCCUGUCUCAGAAUUCAGGUGUUCUUUCUGGUUUGGUGCCUGCCUCUGCACUGGGAUGGAAAUGUCACAAGUGCGGCUGGUUCUGUUAGCUGGCAUGUCCCCAGCGUUGAGCAUAAUACCCCCAUAGUCAUUCAUGAAUGGACUCAUUCAGAUGUGUGAUGAACAAUUUACGCUUCUGUUUAUAUCUAAAUGUCUUGUUCCAAGUCCAGUGUCAAGAUCAAAAGUCAUACUGUUCAUGGACGGGGGAAAGCAUGUUAAAGUAUUAAAUUUCUGUAACUGAAUGAAUUUUACUCUGAAAGCAAGAUGUCCAGUACUUCAGAAAAUUUAAGAAGAGAUAGUUGUGGCCGGCGCUGUGGCUCAAUAGGCUAAUCCUCCGCCUGCGGCACCGGCACACCGGGUUCUAGUCCCAGUUGGGGCACCGGAUUCUGUCCCGGUUGCCCCUCUUCCAGGCCAGCUCUCUGCUGUGGCCCGGGAGUGCAGUGGAGGAUGGCCCAAGUGCUUGGGCCCUGCACCCCAUGGGAGACCAGGAGAAGCACCUGGCUCCUGCCUUCGGAUCAGCGCGGUACGCCGGCCACGGCGGCCAUUGGAGGGUGAACCAGCGGUAAAAGGAAGACCUUUCUCUCUGUCUCUCUCUCUCUCUCAUUGUCCACUCUGCCUGUCAAAAAAUAAAAAUAAUAACAAUAAUAAAAAAGAGAUAGUUGCUUCUAGGAAGCAUUUCAGAAGCUAAGGCCGCCAUAACCAACUUAGCAUUUAAAUACCCUAAAGUGUAAGUGGUUUUUAUUUCCAGUUAAUGCUGGAGUUAACGUGCAUAUUGUGGAUUUCUCCUGAAGGUGGUCCUGACUUAAGGGUCGCGGCAGUGCUCUGCCUGUGCUGGCCGGCAGUGAGCAUUGUCGCUCUCUGUGUGGAGGAGACCGGUCAGACGCCGUGUGCUUCUUGAGCUGCUGACCACUCAUGGGAGCACACAGUGCAGUGUGGGAAGCGCCACUCCCUGUGUCUGCCCCACGGUGCUGGGGAGAGCCGUCAGGGAAACACGCCUGGCUGUGCCUGCCGACUUCCUGGGCAGGGCGUGAAGAGGCGAGUUGGCACGGCUGUGGUGCCACGGACCGGGCAUCCCCGGGGCACUGGUGAUUUCCCAUCAGAAGCAGUAGCACCAGACGCUCUUUCUGACCACGUACAGGACAGGGAGCUUGCGACUGUCGCCUGCUGUGUCUCAUGGUGAAGUCUGGCAGAAGCUUCACCCCGUGUUUUCUCCGUUUAAUCCGUUGCAGUUCAGAACUGGUGUUGACCCUUGGCUGUAUUGUAUUACCUCUGAAAUGUGGUGAGUGCUCAGCCCACACUCAUCUAUACCUUAGAUGGUUUAUUUGCAUUUUUUACUCCAACUUCUUGCUUCACUCUAAGCUGUUAGCUUAUCAGCCGACUCCAAAGGUGCUUUGUUACCUUUGGGGACUUCUUGAAGAGAAAGGAGCUCCUUUGUGGGUCCUCACCUUGAUUUGUGGGCGCAGUGCUGGAAGCAGCAUGUCUGAACGGCCUAGGAGAGGUGCUGGAGCUGGGCUGCCUGCACCGGUCAGUGCUGCGUGAGCCGCCUGGCCAGGAACGAGUCAGCUGGCCGCCUGCCAUUGGUGCCUCCUCUGUGGAAUGGAAACAACGUGAGGUUUCCUGAAUCCUCUCCUGAGUGUAGGAUGACCUCUGCCACACUGUGUCCAGGUAGCUAUUGCUAAAGUGUUGCUGUUGCCAGUAACACUGCAGAUCACUGACCAUUCCAUCUCCGUGCUUUUUGUUUUUUUGUUUGUUUGUUUGUUUGUUUUAAUUUCACAGGUAGAGUUAGAGAGAGAGACAGAGAGAAAGGUCUUCCUUCUGUUGGUUCACUCCCAAAUGGCCACUAUGGCUGGCACUGCCCGGAUCUGAAGCCAGGAGCCAGGUGCUUCCUCCUGGUCUCCCAUGCGGGUGCAGGGCCCAAGCACUUGGGCCAUCCUCCACUGCCCUCCUGGGCCACAGCAGAGAGCUGGACUGGAAGAGGAACAACCGGGACUAGAACUGGCACCCAUAUGGGAUGCUGGCGCCGCGGGUGGAGGAUUACCAAGUGAGCCACAGCGCUGGCCCCCAUCUUCAUUCUUGGCUCAUGAGAUAUUUAAAUUAAUCUCUCUGCAGAGCUCUGCACACACUGAAGAUGGCAGUGUGUCUGCGGUGGGAAUGCUACCUGAGGAGGGGUCCCAGGGGACAGGGGCUUUAUAAACGACCUCUUGGCCUGGAGUGCUGCCAGUCUGCUGUGCCUGCCUGGGCUCGCUCAGAACCCCUGUGGGGUCAGAGGCCCCUCCUGCUGCCGUAUUGCCAGAGGCUCUGCCAGGACACUACCCACAGCAUCCCUGGAUCUUUGGAGGCUUACUGGCCCCAGGUUGCCCCCUGCCGUAUGCCUGCGUGUGUGUAUUAGACAGCAUCUCAGCCCAGGUCCAGCGGACUGGGGCAUCAUGAGCUGGGGCCUCGCUGGGGCCAGCACUCUGCUGGACACGUCAUAUGCAGUGGCUCCCAGAGUCCCCAGGUGAUACUGGAGUGCUGCCCCAGGUACAAGUAGAAGCACUCUGCUGCCCAGAGCCUGGGGUGUGGUUUAAGUUAGAAGUGGUAUCGGUUGUCCUGGAUCUGGAAACCUGUUGUGUUAGAUAGGGGUGCCAGACUGUACAGAGCAGUUCUGAUUUAAAACUGUUGAAAAUGUCUUACACUGCUAAAACCCAAAAUGCUUCAUAUGUGCCGAUUUCGUCGGUCACCGGGGAAGAACAGCAAGGUGGUGGCCCUUCCUCCUGUAGAGGCCAUAGCCCUGCUAACCAGCACCACCCCAGGGGUCCUCACUCCCCCAGGGAGAACCUCCCUUUCCCCACCCACGCCCCUGAGACCACCGUGCUCACUGUGGGGGGCAGCAGCCGGGCGAAGAGCUCCCAGCUAGACACUGUGGGAAGCAGACAGGCAGGCUGGGGGCCAAACAAGAUGGAGCGCCUGGGGGGGAAAAGCAUCCGAACACCGCUGCUCUUCCGCAGCGCAUGGCAUCCCGCACGAGCCAACGCCACGUCCAGAUGCCGGGAACGCUCACUGCCCGUCUGGCUCCAACGACUCCUUGUUCUCAACACCACUCCCAUCACUGGUUCAGCUGCACCUCUCCUCCUCGGAAGGGGGGAGGAAGCCUUCGCGUCACUGUCCUGACGCUGGGGCUGCGGGGCCUGGCGCAGGAACCAGCUGUGUGCACAUGUACCGCAAACCACCCAUUUUGGCUCCUUAUUCCUUCUCCAAAUUGUUAGUCUAUUUGGUAUCUAAUUUCCCUCUGCGUUCCUGUGUUUUAAUACAAGGGAACAUCUGUGCUUCCAGGAUUUUGGUACAGUGCUGCACAGUCUGUUGUCUUAACAGUAUUUAAAAAUCAAAGCCAGGAGUAUGUAUGCCCUCCAAUUAACUGCUGGCUAACUGCCAUCACUGAAAGUGGUUUUAAAAACAACACACUGGGAGUCGGUGCUGUGGCAUAGCAGGUAAAGCUGCUGCCUGCAGUGCCGGCAUCCCAUAUGCGUGCCGGUUCAAGUCCCAGUUGCUCCACUUCGAUCCAGCUCCCUGCUAUGGCCUGGGAAAGCAGAAGAUGGCCCCAGUUCUUGGGCCCCUGCACCUGCGUGGGAGACCCAGAAGAAGCUCCUGGCUCCUGGUUUUGGACCGGCCCAGCUCCAGAUGUUCAGAGGAGCAGGCAGCACUUGCUGCGAGCCAGGUCGGCUAGUGGCAGCCAUGGGACGACGCCGAGCGUCCCCCAGCAGCCACGGUGGUCACACGCUUCCCGCUGCAAGAGCCUCUGCAGCCAGUGGGCGCUGUACUAGCAGGUAGCUCACAUGCGCUGGGUUUUCGUGGUGCCGGAGUCAAUGGCACUGAAGCUAAUUUUGUACGUUGCGUGCUCUGGAACCAUUUUAGUCACCACUUCAAAGCACAUCCCUGGAAUGUCACAUGCUCCGUGCAUCCCUUGCCUUCGUGAGCUUGCUGUUUAAACGUAUAUGCUGGAAGCCAAAAUUAACUCACAUAGUACUCAGGUAGUAUAGAUAUGUUAUGUAUAAAGCACAUCUAUGCAUGUUUCCUGAAAAGUCAGUAAAACCCUUUUACUAUAUUUUUGAAUUGUUCUAAUUUAAAUAACGCAAUUUUUUACUAAUUUAAAUAAUAAUUUAAAUAAUGUAAAUUUUCAAAGGUAUUAGCACCUUUGAAAAGAAAUUAUUUAUUCAUUUUGAAAGAGAAGGGGUGGGGCUGGUGCUGUGGCAUUGUAGAUUAAGCAUCUGCCUGUGACACCAGCAUCCCACAGGGGCACCGGUUGGAGUCCGGCUGUUCCACUUCCGAUCCAGUUCCCCGCUGACGGCCUGGGAAAGCAGCAGAAGAUGGUCCCCUGGCUUAGAAUCAGCCCAGCUCUGCUGUUGUGGACAUUGUGGACUGAUGGUUCACUGUCUCUCCCUCUUUAUGUCAGUAACUGCCUUUCAAGUAAAUAAGUAAAUCUUAAAGAAAUAAAGAUAUCUUUGCAAGGACAAAAAAAGUAGCAGAGAGAGAUCUUCGUUUGCUGGUUCACUCCCCAGAUGGCCACAACAGCCCAUCCGAAGCCAGGAGCCUCCUCCAGGUCUCCACGUGGGUGGCAGAGGCCCAAGCACGUGGGCCACCAUCCGCUGCUUUUCCCAGCCCAUCAGCAGGGAGCUGGAUUGGAAGUACAGGAACUGGCGGCCAUAUGGGAUGCUGGUGUCACAGGCAGCGGCUUUACCCGCUGCGCCACACCACCAGUCCUGAUGUGUACUUUUCACUGUUGGUUUAUGUGUUCAUUCAACAAAUAUUUAUUGGUGUCUCCCAUGGUCUAGGCCAGAAGUGGCCGAGCCUUGUCGGUAAAGGGCCACAUGGUGGAUAUUUCUGGCUGUGUGGAUCACACCGCCUCUUCACAGCUGCCCGGCACUGCCCCUGCCCCGCCAGCAGCCACAGACAACGUGUCGCUGGCUGUGGGCCAUUAGAACUCUAUUUACCGAAAUUGGAGUUUAAAUUUCACUUUUCAUGUGUCACACAUUAGUAUUGUUCUUUGGAUUUUUUUCCAGCCAUUUAAAUAUGUAAAACCAAUUUUUAGUUUGCAGCCGUUCAAAACCACAGGCUUAUCCUCAGUUGUCUCCUAAACACAGGCCAGCAGCCAGGGCCACGGCCCUGCCUUUGCCGCUCGGGUCCUGUGCCGGACUUCAGGUCCCUUUGAGUUCUGUAACUGGAAGAAGGUUGCCCUCCAUCAGAUGAGGUCUUCCUGGGCACACAGCGCCAGCACUAACAUUUCAGCUCAGCUGGCUGCACUCUAAGAAUGUGCUGGCCACUAGCAUCCUUGUCAUGCACUCUGUCUGUCAUGCCGCUUCUCAGCCAGCCCACACCGUCCGGCCCUCACUGGUAUGAGGACAGUCAGUGUUGGACUCGGUGUGGAACCCUCUGGCGUCCCGGGCUCUGCUGCUUCUGUGCAGGUUUCCCAGCCUCUCAUUGCCCGUGCUGUGCAGCUCGGGAUUCUUACUGCCCCUGUGUUCUGGUGGCCGAGGUCAGGACUCUGGGGUGCCCGCUGAAGAGCGCGCGGCCUUGUCGAGUCCUCACUCCGGGGCUGGCUGCACAGUCCUUUCAAGGCGGUUUUGCAACAAACAGGCUCACACCUCCUAUUUGUAGUAACUAUAGAAACGUCAGAAGCUGUCUUUCCAAAGCAAGCAUACAGUGAAGCCCUUCAAGUGUUGGUAGGGUUGGAGACUCUGGGAGAUGUUUAAUUUUCUCCCCCGCUCUGUCUCGCUCUGUCUCGUCAGGGGGAACAAGAGGGCCAUGUGAAUAUUAACUGGGACUUGCUUUAGUCUCCUGUGACACUGAGGCUGCCGCGGUCUGUGCAGGCUGCCCAGGACCCCCUUUCCCAGCACAACAAGGCCAUCCAUAGUCAUGGCCGGGCUCGGAGUAGAUGCGGUGCGUAGCGGUGUGCACAUUUCAUGAGGAACAACUCUAAGUCGAUGUAAUCAUUCAGUCUGAGCCAUUAAGCAGUAGAGCUGAAGUCUUGGAGUUGAGGAGGGAACAAAUUAGAGGGCCUGCUGUGGCGUGGAGCUGUGGGUAGACAGGUCAGACGCCAGAGUGCUGGUGCUCGCUGGGAGGGCAUAGACAGGCCGCACGUGGAGCCUCCUUACAGAGGAAGGUGGUGGUUCUGAUUGUCAGAGCCCUGGGGAGGGGCGGGCUCCCCGUGGUCCCGCCUCUCUGCUUAAGCUUUUUGUAUGUGGGUGUCCAACUUGGGAGGAACAAAAACGCCUUUCCUGCUUUGGGCUUCAGGCUUGUGAGGUUGUUGGCUCGGGGCAGGGUCUGGCCCUGUGGGACUCCUGGUCAUCACAUUUUGCUCCUGAUCACGGGGCAGGGGGAUCCUCGGAGGCACCUGCAGCGCCUCAUCUCUGAGGGCCACUGCUCAGUCCUUCUCUCUGCCCCUUCCUGCUCAGGUGGACAGUGGGUGUCACAUAGCAUCUUCCCUAUGGAAAUUGGGUGCUGUUGGGUGCUGAACAUGCAAGCAUGAAUUGCCUCUAGGAAAUGAGGUAGAGAAGUUCCUUCCCUAACCCCCGCCAUGGACAGCAUUGAGGCCAUCCUUGCAUUCUGUCCACACAGGAACCCUCCUGCCGUUGUUGGCACAGCACAGCCCCCUUGCCUGGGCUGUGUUUAGGUUCCCUUCCUUGUGAUCUCGCAGCCCUGCAGAACUGCAAGUCAGCAAACCACACAGAGCAGGAGGGGGUGCAGCUCCCAUGGGCCCUGCGUGGGCACCCAGCACAGGUCUCCCCACCAAGGGCAGGACAGUGCAGCCCCCGUGGGCCCUGCGUGGGCACCCAGCACAGGUCUCCCCACCAAGGGCAGGACAGUGCAGUGUGCAGCCCCCGUGGGCUCUGCGUGGGCACCCAGCACAGGUCUCCCCACACUGCACCAGGGACAGUGCAGUGUGCAGCCCCCGUGGGCCCUGCGUGGGCACCCAGCACAGGUCUCCCCACCAAGGGCAGGACAGUGCAGCCCCCGUGGGCCCUGCGUGGGCACCCAGCACAGGUCUCCCCACCAAGGGCAGGACAGUGCAGUGUGCAGCCCCCGUGGGCUCUGCGUGGGCACCCAGCACAGGUCUCCCCACACUGCACCAGGGACAGUGCAGUGUGCAGCCCCCGUGGGCCCUGCGUGGGCACCCAGCACAGGUCUCCCCACACUGCACCAGGGACAGUGCAGUGUGCAGCCCCCGUGGGCCCUGCGUGGGCACCCAGCACAGGUCUCCCCACCAAGGGCAGGACAGUGCAGUGUGCAGCCCCCGUGGGCUCUGCGUGGGCACCCAGCACAGGUCUCCCCAUACCGCACCAGGGACAGUGCAGUGUGCAGCCCCCGUGGGCUCUGCGUGGGCACCCAGCACAGGUCUCCCCACACUGCACCAGGGACAGCUCAGAGUGAAUGAGGUUCGGCCUUGCUGCCAGGAGCCCCCAGCAGCACACAACUCCACCGGAGCCACAUUGAACGCGCCUGGUCCAGGAGCUAGACUGGGUGCUGUGGGCGAGCAGGGAAGGGAGAGGAAGCGUGGCUCCUGCGUGGGAAGAGCUCCUGUGCAGGGCAGUGGAGGAGAAAGAGCAGGCCUUAGAACCAUCCCCAGACCUAGGUGGCGCUGUAGAGUAGUAGGGGAGGAGGCUUCCAGGAGGAGGUGGCCCUUAUCUGAGUCUUGAAGACUCUUGUUCCCUGUAGAAAACGAGCAGUCGUUAGGGCUGCGAGGCCAGCACCGGGGCUUGCUGGAGCUGGGGAGGCAGAUGGUGUUUGGCGGCAGAAGCACGCAGGCCUCGGUGGAGAUUCUAAUGAUGAGACCCCUGGGCGGCCCCUUCUGCCAGAGACCUGCGCGUGCAGCUGGCAGUGGUGGCACAGCCGUGGGAUCCGGGAACUCAGCGCGUUCAGGGGGAUUUCAGUUUUGACUCCAUCUAAGUGAUUCGGAGGUUUCAGGCAUGAAUGUUUUGUUUCUGUCAUUUACCACUGGAGAAUUACACACGACCCACCGCUCCCCCGUGUUACACAUUUUCUUACCUAAAUUUACUGCUCAGACGUUUGCUCUUCAUCCAGCUCCCCUCCCGGGCCCCGCCUCCCCCUUUUCCUGCAGAAGUGAGAAAAUGAAUCUGUGACGCGAGUGCAUCUUGGGUGUGAAGCCGGCUGUGGCAGAUGAUUCGUUAGCUUGGAAAUUCACUGACACCCUAGGGUGUUGGACACUGGGAUCAUCUUCUCGUUUUCUGUGUUGGCACAGAGUGGACGUCUAGUGGUCCUGGAAAGGGGGAAAUCCACACUGGGUUUGUGUCGGUGUGUGUGCAGUUCUGUCCUAGGAAGCGCGGCACUUCCUCAUGAGCCAGUGGCCGCCCCCACAGGGCAGACAGCUGGCCAGCGGCAGCGGCAGCUGGCACCAGCAGCCCCUGUUCUGUGUUGAUGAGAAAUCCAAAGGCCAGUGGGUGGGUUGCUCACUCAGCACCUGCUCCCUGGGCCCCCUGCAGGCCCUGGGCAAGGCUGUGCUCGGGGCAGCGGAGUGGGCGGGGACCCAGGAGGGGCUGGCAGCACUGUGACUGGUUUGGUGUGGAUUGGAGGGAGCCAGGUAGGGCAGCCUUCAGAGGUCCUGCAGAUGCCCGCAGCUGCCUGUGCGUCCGGCUUCCCUGGGCCUGGCUUUAGUGGACGAGGACUCGGGAGAAAACCAUUUACUCACAUGCCACAUUCCGCAAGAAAGAGCUGCCAGCUUUGUGCGUGUGGGUGCGAACCUCUGUGCCUCCCUCUCCCGGCUGGGGGCUCAGCAGGACCUGGGCCGUCCGGCCCGCGGUCCAGGAGCUUGGCUCUCCCGCCAGGGUUGGUACUUCAUGGAGAACCACCCACGCCAGUGCUGGUGCUGGAAAUGCUGGUGUGGGGAGCAUCUGGACAGGACUUGCUUUUCUGGAUGCUUCCAUCUGACUGUGGGCAGGGAGGCCUGUUUCUCUGGACAAAGGGUGCUGUCCAUGGACCAGAGUGCCAGGCCCACUGGGGAAGGGCCUGUCCUCUGCAGCGCGGCGUGUAGACCCCUCAUGCUCUCCUGGGGUCGCACAGCCACCGGUAACUGCAGCAGCCGCAGUGGAUGGUGCAGUGGUGCUGUUCCGGUCGGGGCAUGCAUCCCGGCCUGGUGUGCUGGGCUCCGAGCGGCGCAUUUUCACAGAGGGCUUCAGCCACAGACAGGAGGGAAUCUAAUAUUUUUGAGGCACCAGGGCCUUUGAGCUUCAUCUUUGAAGUAAUGACUGAGGGAAAGUCCUCUGACCCCCAGCAGUCCCUGUUGGUAACUGGACUGAGCUGACUGGGUGACAUCCUGUCUCACCCUGCGUCUUCCUGACGUUCUCCGUGCUCCUCUUUCUGGUUCCCAGCAACUCGGCCACAUGGCUGCCAUACAGGAGUGUGUGAGCAUGUGUGUGUGUGUUCUUGUGUUCAUGACUGCAGCUCUCGCUGCCUGGCCAGCAGACACGGAGCGUGCGUGGGUCACGGGUGCCUGGUGGGUGUGCGCUCUUUCCCACUUGAUGCACAUGGAUGGACCAUCCUCAGGACCAGCUGAGUGAGCCUGGACCCCAGUGCUUCUGUGCCCCCUGCCCCUCCUCCAGCAAUGCAGCGUGUGGCGGUUCCUUCACUCCA